AUCGCCGCCGAUCCCGAGUAUGCGGAUGUCCCACUCAGACCGUUCCACUGCUCGGCUGGAGGCUCGAAGUAUUUAAACAAUUCACUGUAUCGCUACAAAGCCACCCGGAAGAAGCUUAAUCAUCGAGGACAUAAGAUUUAUUUGUGGACCACUCAGCCCUUCUGGUUUGUGAUUAAUUCGGCAUGAUCCCCUCGGCGACAGUUCUUCCUCUUUUCGCGCUAUUCACGUUGUCAUUAGGAAUACCUAUGUCCUCCAAAGUCACGGAUACAGAAGAGGACACAGCACAUAUACGGCAUCACGAAGCUAAAAAGAAUACUUUGCGACUUGUCACAUUGGUAAUAAGACAUGGAGAAAGGGCACCUGUGGAUACUUAUCCAAACGAUCCUUACAUCAAUGAUAGUCUGAAGCCUUACGGUUGGGGUCAGCUAACAAAUAAAGGAAGAAGGAACCAAUACAAUCAAGGAUUAUUUCUGCGAAAGCGUUAUGGUAGCUUUUUAGGUUCAAUGUAUAAUCCUGACAUAUUCUAUCUGCAAUCUACUGCUGUAGAUCGUACAAAAAUGUCAGGCAUGGUGGAGGCCGCUGCUCUGUGGAAACCUAGCGACAAACAGUCGUUCAAACCUGACCUACCUUGGCAGCCGGUCACACUGUUUUAUCAGGAACGUCAAGACGACACGUUUAUGUUAAUAUGGAACACGUGUCCAAGAUAUACACAACUGCGCUCUUCAGCAAACAACUUGCCGGAAAUCCGGAAGGUACAUGAAGACAAUAAGCAAUUGUUUGCGGAGCUUUCAAACUUCACGGGCAUGUCAAUUAUGACUGCCGACGAUGUCAGCUCACUUUAUGCCACGCUAACAGCCGAGAAAGAAAUGAACUUGGUCUUGCCAGAGUGGACGAAGAACUAUUAUCCCGAUAAAUUAAUAUCCUUAACUUUGCUUGAACUGCAACUUAACACAUACGAUGAUGAAUUCCGUAGAUUGAAAGGUGGUCCUAUGUUAAAAAAAAUCAUCGAUGAUAUGCAGGCGAGAAAAGAAGCCACUCUACAGCCUAAAAGGAGAAAAAUGUUUAUGUAUAUCGGUCACGACAGCACUAUUGUUACUCUACUGGAUACGAUGCACAUUUGGUAUAAUCAAAUACCCUAUUACAAUAUCAUGACGAUGAUCGAGCUGCAUGAGGAUGAAGGCGAAUGGAGCGUUCAAGUGUUUCUGAGGAAUACGACAGCACGCGAACCGUUUCCGAUGUCAAUACCUGGAUGCACCGUUAUAUGUCCUUUUGAUAAAUUUGUGGAAAUUCUAAAGCCGAUGAUACCAGAUAACUGGGAAGAGGAGUGCAAGGUCGAUAGUAAUUAUACAACUCCAUCUCCGCCACCUCCAUAACUAUAGAAAAUUUUACAUUACAUUGAUUACAUUAUUAUAAUUUUUAAAUAACUUUAUUGUAUGUCUACUGUAAAUAAUUAUUUAAAUCACUGG